UUUUAAUUACAUUUAUGGGUUUUUUUUUAGAUUUUUGUGGGUUUUCUGAGUUUCAAUGCAUUGUUGUUAUUACCAUUUUAUACAUAAAUGAUUAAAUAUUAUGAAUAAAAGGAUUUGUAUUAUUUGUAUUUUUUCCAAUACUAGAAAUUUGGAAUCUGAAGUCUUUUUCAAACCGACCAAUUGUGACUUGUAGUUGCAUCAUCCACUUUUGACUUGUAAAAGAUGGAUAUUUUGUUGAUUGAAGGUGUAAUGAAAGUUCUUGAUACUGCGUUUUCAUUUUUGUGAAUUUAGGAAUAUUGUAUGAUUUUUUGUAUGAACUUUAUGGUUAAAAGGGUGUAUAGAAUAUGAUUCUUUAAAGGUAGAAAAGUUUGACAUGAAAUUGUGUUGUUUUAUCUGUUGUUUUUAGGGUAUGCAGGUGCAAAAGGUGUAAUUGGGGGGUAUAGAAGGGAGUUAAUGAAAGAAUUGGGUGAUAAUUUUGUUUAAUUGAAGAGAUGGGGUCAUUUAAAGGUCAUGUAGUGCCAGGGACACUGUUUUUGGUGGUGGGUUUGUGGCAUAUGUGGUGUAGUGUGUACAGAUAUGUGAGGAGUCCGAAUUCGUUUCGGAUCCGGGUAUGGAACCCGGUGCCGGGUUUUGAUGGGAGGCUAAAGUACUUGGAAUUGUAUUUGGUGGUGAUUGGUGCUUUUAUUGAUUUGUGCAUAGAGCUUGUGUAUGCACCUCAUCUUAAGUACUUUGUGAAUGGGGUGUUGAAUCCUUCUCAUAUGAAUAAUUUUGAGCAUUCUGGUAUGCUGAUCAUGUUCUUCAUCUUCGGCCUCGUCACUCUCAUAUCAGUAAAGACCAGCAUUCUUCCCUUGCCAGAUGGAGCACUUACUUUGAUUGCUGCAACAGCAUUCUCUUCAGAGUACCUGCUGUUCUAUUUCCAUUCUACAAAUCACAAAGGCCUGGAAGGCUAUUAUCACUAUAUCCUGGUUGUACUAAUAGGCUUGUGUGUUCUAACUAGUGUUGUUGGCACGCUUGUCCCAUCAAGUUUCCCACUUGAUUUAUCUAACAGCAUUGCCAUAACUCUACAAGGCCUUUGGUUCUAUCAGACUGCCUUCACCCUGUACGGCCCCAUGAUGCCGGAUGGUUGUGUACUUAAAGGAGACGACAUUGUAUGUCACUCAACAGUGAGUCUAAUCAGAGGGGAGAUGCUUGCAAAUUUCCAGCUAUUUUCAAUGGUUAUUGGUGUUUUUGGUGUAAUAUCUGUGCUCUAUAGUUUUGCUUCCUCAACAUAUGGCCAUUCUAGUCAGGAGAACUUGCAGACAACUGAAAAUGAUUUGUAGAUAUUAUAAGUAGGGAUUUUUCAUACAAAGUUGAAGGUGGCAAUUACAGCAAGUGUAGUCAAGUUAACCAAGACAUUUCAAGGAUGCAGUGAGCCAUUUGCGGAGCAAAUUUUCUUGAUUGUGCAGUAUUUCAGUGAUUUAUAUACAUGUAGACAUAGUACUCUUAUAGUCCUUAAGAAUUUGCUUAGGGGGAGCAUGUGAGUGCUACAUAUUCUUUUCUUAGGGGUAUUGACACAUUUUUGUGUUGCACUUAUCUUCCACAUGAUUCAAUAAUCGUGAUUGUCUAUUUUACGGAGUAUUUUGGUUUAUUGAGAGCUAUAUAUGGUAAUAGUGCAAAUUGUAUACGAUUUUGAGGGAUGAUAAACCAAUUCAUCUUAGAUAUGAGAUAAAAUAUUCUACCCCGUGGACAUCUUGUAAUUUCCUUGGUUAAGUUGGAGCUACUUUUAGAAGAAAACACUUGAUAUUGAAUGAUUU